CAGUGCUGCAGCGCUGGAUUCGAUUGGUUCGUUGGCAAGCCCGUUGAUUGGCGCGCAGAUCGGACUGUGGAUUGGUUGGCCGAUUCGUGGGCCCGCUUUAUUUUGGUCCUGAAGUUCCAACUUUUUGGACGGGCAUCUUUGCAGCCACCAGACGAUUCACGCUUCAGACGCUUCACGCUCCACACGCUUCACACUGACCAGUCACACACGGGUCACACCGCAUGGACGUCUUCAAGCUGCUCUCGCGCUCCGGCGCCAAAGCGGGCGCAAAGGCGCGCGCGACGCAGAAUCUGCCCUCGAGCGGCGCCGCGGCGAAUCCGCAGCUCUUCGGCCACGAGGGCGGACCCGGACACAGCGGCGCGGCGAGCAAGAAGAGGAAGAGAGGCCAGCACAGGGCGGAGCAGGCGGGGGAGAGCGAGAGCUUGUCGGCGGGCCUGGACUUUUUCGCCGCGGAUAAGCGUGCAAAGGGCGCGGGCGAGAAGCGCUCGAGGAGAGCUGCGCCCGAGGUGGACGCAGAUGAGGGUGCAGAGGGUGCAGAGGGUGCAGAUGAGGGUGCAGAGAAUGCAGAUGAGGGUGCAGAGAAUGCACACGACGCCGCAGAGGAGACAUACGACGCUGCAGAGAGCAAGCGCGUCCUGCGCUCGCACAAGCUGAAGAUUGCCGUGCUGGACGACUUUGCCGACGCCCAGCAGAAGAAGAGCGCAAAGAGCGCAAAGAGCACAAAGAGCACAAAGAACACAAAGAACACAAAGCGCAGCAAGCAAAACGACGACACCGAGCCCAAGCCCACCAAGGACGCGAAGAAGCAGCUCUACCCGCACCCGCUCACUGACUUUGCCCAGCUGCGCACGCGCUACGCCGUCUCGAGGCGCCUCGCGCAGAACCUGCACGAGCAGGGCUACAGGCUGCCGACCGAGGUCCAGCUCGGCGCGCUGCCGCUCCUGCUCGCCGGCAAGAAGCAGCCUGCUGCGAAGACGGACGGCGCCGAGGCCGCGAGCUCGGGCGCAGAGUACGGCGGCCAUGUCGAUCUGCUGACCAUUGCGCCGACGGGGAGCGGCAAGACGGUCGCCUUCUUGGUCCCGGUCAUCAAUGCGCUGCUCGGCGAGGGCGCGGCGGACGCGGCGAGCGGGCCGCGGGCGGUUGUCGUUGCGCCGACGCGAGAGCUGGCGGCGCAGAUUGUGAACGAGGCGCGGAAGCUGGCCAAGGGCACGGGCAUCAAGGCUGCGCUCAUGAGGAAGGGCAUGGAGGUUGUUGAGCGCGGGGAUGACUUGGUCGGCGAGAAGCCCUCAGCCGACGAUGACCACGACGACGGCAACGACAACGACGACGACGACAACGACGACGACGACAACGACGACGACGACGACGACAACAACAACGACAACAACAACAACAACGGCCACAACAACAACAACAACAACAACAACAACGACAACAACAACAACGGCCACAUCCAGAAGAAGCGCCGCGCAGAGCUCGUCAAAGCCGCCAUCAUCGUCGCGACGCCCCUCGCCCUCCUCAACGCCCUCAAGCGCAGAGACGGCUCCGUCGCGCCCCUCUUCUCCGUCCGCCACAUGGUCCUCGACGAGGCAGACGUCCUCCUCGACCCGCUGUUCCGCGACCAGACCCUCGCCGUCUGGGCCGCGUGCACAAACCCGCUCCUGCGCGUCGGCCUCUGGUCCGCGACAAUGGGCGCCUCGAUCGAGUCGCUCGCCGUGACCACGCUGAACUCGCGCUGGGCCGCGCUGGAGGCCGCCCAUUCUGCCCAUCCCGCCCAUCCUGCCCAUCCCGCCCAUCCCGCCCAUUCUGUCCAUCCCGCCCAUCCUGCCCUGCCUCCCCGCCCCCCUCUUGUCCGCCUCGUCGUCGGCCUCAAAGACACGGCCAUCCCCAACGUCGCCCACCAGCUCGUCUACGCCGCCACCGAGUCCGGAAAACUCCUCGGCCUGCGCCAGCUCCUGCACCCCACGUCCACAUCCCCCUCCUCCGCCGCGCCGGUCCUGCGCCCCCCCUUCCUGGUCUUCACCCAGACCAUCCCGCGCGCCAUCGCCCUGCACGCUGAGCUCCUCUACGACAUCCCCCCCGAAGCAGGCGGCAGCUCGCGCAUCGCCGUGCUGCACGCCGACCUGAGCUCCAGCGCGCGCGACGCCAUCAUGGCCCGCUUCAGAAAGGGCGAGGUCUGGGUCCUCAUCACCACGGACCUGCUGGCGCGCGGCAUCGACUUCCGCGGGCUCAACGGCGUCGUCAACUUCGACGCCCCGACCAGCGCCGCCGCCUACGUGCACCGCGUUGGCCGCACGGGCCGCGCCGGCCGCGAGGGCGGCCUGGCUGUCACCUUGUACACCCAGGACGACGUGCCGCACGUGCGCCUCAUUGCGAACGUGAUCCGCGCCUCCGAGGCCCUGCGCGGCGUCCCGGCGGGCGAGGGCAGCAUCAAGACGUGGCUGCUCGACGCGCUGCCCGCGCCGACCAAGCGCGACAAGGCCGAGCUGAAGAAGCGCGGCGUCGGGUCCAGGCGCAGCGGCUUGACCGGCAGGGACGCGAACAAGGGCCGCAUCAGCACCAAGUCCGGCUUCGAGCGCCGCGUCGAGAACAACAGACGCGGUGCGGUGCAGGGCAGUAAGCGGAGGGAGGAGCUCGCGCGGCGCGCGGGGCCGCGUAGUGAUGGCGAGGGCGACAGCGGCGUCGAAGCGUAGCCAGAUGGUUUCACGCACUACUUUGGGAAGCUAGAGCACCUUCAUGAACACAAGCUGCGGAUUGGACGUCUGUGGAAUGGACGUCUGUAGAAUACACAAGNU